GUUUAUACAAGAGUUAGUAAACUGUGUAUUAUCAAUAAAAAGCCUGAACGACUUGCUACUAUUUAAUAAUCCGGUGUUGGAACUAAACGAUUUGAAAAAAUGGAGAUUAAUUCGUUAUAGUAAUUUCACUGUACAGCUACUAGCAAAAUCUUAUGCAAUACCUAUACAGCCCUUGUACAUACAUAUGUGUAUGAAUAUGGGAGUAUAAAAAAUACUCGGUUUUGCUGAAAGAGAUCGAGUAUUUCUUAUUAAGUACUAGUAACUGGACAUCACUAAAAAUGAGUUUAAUGUUGAGAAACAUCCAUCCAACUAGUCGUGCUCAUAGUGCUACUUUGAUGUUUUUGCACGGUUCAGGGGACACUGGUUCAAAUUUAGUACAAUGGAUAAGAUUUCUAUUGGGUCGAGACAAGGACUUUGGACAUAUAAAAGUCAUUUACCCUACAGCUCCGUUGCAGCCAUAUACACCAUUAUCCGGAGAACAAUCAAAUGUCUGGUUUGAUCGUCGUGCUAUAUCUAUUGAUGUUUUAGAGAAUAGAAAAAGUAUAUCUCAAAUCUAUGAUAAGAUUAACGAUAUCAUAAAUAACGAGGCGGAGCUUGGUAUAACAUCCAACCGCAUAGUCGUUGGUGGGUUCUCCAUGGGUGGUGCAUUGGCAUUGCAUACUGGUUUUCACCUUAAUAAGAAUUUAGCAGGAAUUUUUGCUUGCUCAUCUUUUCUUAAUCGAGAUUCCAUAGUAUACGAAUCGCUUAGUCAAACAUUAGAAACGGGAUCUGAUUUACCCGAACUGCGAAUGUAUCAUGGUGUUAAGGACACUCUGGUUCCCCUAGACUGGGGUAAAGAAACUUUUGACAAUUUGACUCGGCUUGGUGUAAAAGGAAAAUUUAUACCACUUGACAACACUUUGCAUGAGCUUAAGAAACGUGAAAUUGUAGAUAUUCACGAUUGGAUUUUGAAGAAAUUGCCUGCAUUGCCGGAAGAAUUACCAAAUAAACUUUAAUGAAUGCAAUGUUGCAUAUGCUGUUUAAUUAUUGUUACUGAAAAGAAAAUGCUGAGGUUGCGAACAAGCCGAGCAGACGUUCUACUCAUAGUUAGGGGCACAAUGGUAUUUAGAGAAAAAUUAUGUUUAUUCUGCAUUGCGGUUACGUUCAUGCCUUCAGCCCUGGGCAGAAUGGGAGUAUACAUUUACGACAUCGGCUGGCAUGUGAAUAUGUAACUGACGAAGCAUAAAAAACAAACAGGCACAAACAAUUGGUGUUUAAUAAACUAUAUUGAAACAGA